AAAAGAGAGUAAAAAAAAAAAAAGAAUAGGUUUUUGUUCCGUUUUGUUGGGAAUCUGAUAAUCCAAAAGGAAGAGGCCGCAGACACACAAAUAAAAAGAACAGAGAGAGAGAUAGAGAGCGGAGAAGAGAUGGGGAGUGAAAGCAAACACGAAGGGGGAGUUAUGCAGAUACCGGGGGCGUCAAAAAAGGUAGUGCAGAAUAUCAAAGAGAUUGUUAACAAGAAUUGUACGGACGCAGAGAUCUACUCAGUACUUUGCGAUUUUAAUAUGGACGCUGAUGCUGCCGUUCAAAACCUCCUUAAUCAAGAUCCUUUUCAUCAAGUGAAGAGCAAACGUGAAAGAAGAAAAGAGAUGAAGGAAACACAAGAAUCAAUGGCUCGGGGUAGUAACAAUGGUUAUCAUGGAGUUAAAGCUGGUGGUGAAUAUAAUUUUGGGCUUGUACCAUGUCAAAUCAGCGAUAAUGACCUUGGUAAAGCUGCAUAUAGGAAAGAGAAUGGGUCGGUUGCUCAUCCGGGGCCUUCAUCAACUUUAAUAUAUCGUGUGAAAUUGAAAAAUGAGCAGCCUUCAUCCAACAAUGAUUCUUGCAAUCCUGAUGACAGCAGGCAAACUAAAGCUACAGGAACUGGAGAUACCAUUUUGUCAUCUGCACAAUUGUCAUCAGGAACUCAAGCUGCUUGGUCAGGAGGUACUACAGGACAUGUUUCAAUGGCUGACAUUGUUAGGAUGGGUAGGCCGCGCAGCAAAGGUUCCCAAAAUAUGAUGGACACUUCUUGCACACCUCAAGAUGUAGUAGGUUCAGUAAACUCAUCCCAGUACUGUCAUAAAUCUUCGUGUGAUUCUUCUCCAUCUCCACCAGAAAUGCACAAAUGUCUGCAAUACCCACAUCCUUCUCAGGUGCCAGAGACAAUUCACGAGUCUGGUGUUGCUGCAAGCUCUCAUGAUGAAUGGCCAGUGUUUGAGCAGCAAACAGCUGCUGGUGGGUUAUAUAAUUUCAAUGUGUCUAAUUCCUCCAGCACUGAUAUCUUUUCUAAUCAAUCUUACUUUUAUGGUGAUGGAACUAAUUCGAAUGAAGACCACCAAUUAGAGGAGGUACAAGCAUCAGAUAGGGAUGCUGCUAACAAGAAUCCAGGUUCUUAUUGUGCUGAAUCUGCCUUUUCAUGUAGAGGACAGGAAAAUGUGAAUACUGUUGUAGGUGAUUCUCAUAGGGGUGAUUGUUUACUGAAGGAUAAAACUUACGAUUCUCGGAGCUGCAUGGAUGAUCAUUGUGAAGGAACUGGAAGUGGCUUCCAUUUACGUUUUCCAAAUUGUGCUGCACCUUUGAAUGAUGAAGUAUCAUCAGCUGCUGUGAACUUGCAGCAGCUAAGUUUGGGGAAGGAGGAGCCUGCAUUGCCUCCAUCUGAGGAUAAUCAUGCGGUGGUGUUUCCUGAUUAUAUGCAAGCCUUCGCUGCUGACUGGUCACAUUUGAGUUUUGGUACAUACAAAUCUGGGGCUUACAAUGCAGUUUCUGGGGCCUCAAUAGCUUCAACUCCUGUAAAGACUAACUUGGAGGAGACUUCUGCAGCAGCAAAUAGUUCAUCUACUCUGUGCAAGGAGAUUAGAAAUCCAGAGCACCUUGAUGAGUACCUUCGAGAUGAGCAACUCAGAUCCAUAUCCAAUACACAUCGAUUUACUGCAGGUGUUGGGAUUAAUAACAUGCAUGUAUAUUCACAGCAAGAGCUAAUGAGACAAAACAUUCAUGAAGUAUCCCAUAGGCACAAAUACACCGAACCAUCAUCUGUACCUGAUUCUAAUUUUAAGAAAACCCAAGAACGGGAUUGUCCCUUGAGUGUUAGGAUACAUCCACAAGCUAGGAACCUUUCUUCUCUUCAUAUGGAACUGCAAGCUAGGGCAACAACUAUACCGAUGGAUAUGUUUGCAUCAAGUAUUCAAUCUUCAAGAGGUUCUGAUUAUGCUUCAUCUUUCCUUGGAACCCAAUCAAUGCCCUCAAGAUUUGAUAGUACUGUAUCAUCCACUGGCAAUCCAGCCAUCUCCCAGUCAGAGAUUCCGAGCCGGGUUGCUUUUUCUCUACCUAUGUCAUAUUCACCGACACUGCCCAGUGCUAAUAUUGUCCCACAAACCACACUUCCCCAGCAUCCGUCAACUAAUUUGCACAAUCAGUCUAUUGUUUCCUUGGAAGAGCUGGCCAAUUUGACUGGCUAUCCUGCUAUGCCUCGGAACUAUGCUCGUAAUCCAUCUGCUUUUCAGCAAGCUUAUCAAGAUAGCACUGUGUUCCAUGAUUCCCUGUCAAACAUGGGCUACAGCCACGCACAAUACAAAACAGGUGUUUCCAGGAGCAAUUUGCCCUUGUCUGAUGUGAACAUUUCUGGUUAUGGAGGUUUAGGGAUCCCUGCCAACUUUCCUGGAGCCGUUUUGCAAGCUGCUGCCCCUACUGGUUCUGCAGGUGGCUAUGAUAUUUUCCAUUCUCAGUAUCAAGAGAGAAAUAAUUUCACCACACGUCAACAGAAUGAUGGCUCUUCAAGAACGAUGGCAGCCCUCCUAGACAACGGAUAUUUGAGUUUGACUGGACAGAGUCAACCGCUUUCUGAAUAUCCACAAGGUCAGCAGCAGCGCUCACAUGAUCAUAGGUCCCUAUUGCACACACGUAAUUAUCAACAAGGUCAGCAGCUCUCACAGGAUUACGGUGCUCCAUUUCAUCAUGCAAAUGCUUAUCACUCUCAAGCCGGAAUUCGACCAGAACAACCACGCCAAAGCCUUAGUGACCUUAGUAGUUCUCAAGGGCCAGCACCCGAGCAAUUACAACAUCUCUGGCAGCAGAGCUACUUAUCAUCUAAUUGAUCACACCACUUUGAAUGAACAGCUGCUGAUGGUUCCUGUAGCUCCUUUUGUGGCGAGUUAAAAAGCGGCAAAUUAGGUUGUUUUUUGCAGUUAAAAGUUAAUCGACGGUUUGGCUCUGUCCAAUUUGUAAAUACUUUAAACAGGUUUAUCCAAUGCCUCAGUUUUGAGAUGCAGCACCGCACCCAAGUAUUUUACCAAA